AUGGCGGGCACAGACACCGAGUACGAAGCCGUCAUCAUCGGCGCGGGCCCCAGCGGCAUCGCUGCAGCCUGUCAGCUCCAACGCCUCCUCGGCCUCACCAAGCUCAAGAUCUUCGACCGCGUCGCCGACUUCGGCGGCACCUGGGAGAACAAUCGCUACGCCGGCGCCGCCUGCGACAUUCCCCCGCGCCUCUACUCGUUCUCCUUCUACCAGAAGAAGAACUGGAAGGACUUCAUGGCCAAACAGCCCGAGAUGAAGUCCUAUCUCAACGAGACCGCCGUCGAGUACGGACUCUACCGCUUCGCCGAGUUUAGGAAGGACGUCUACUCGGCAGAGUGGGUGGAGGAGCAAUCGCACUGGAGGGUCAAGUACCGCUCUGUCGACUCGGACGAGCACGGCGUGGUCACCGCCAGGGUGCUGCUCAACGGCUCGGGAGCGCUCAGUGUGCCCCGUGACUGCGACGUCGAGGGUCACGAGAACUUCAAGGGCGCGCUCUUCCAUUCUGCAAAGUGGGACACUUCGGUCGAUCUGAGGAACAAGGACGUGGUCGUGCUCGGCAAUGGCUGCUCGGCCACACAGAUCGUGCCUUCGAUCGCCAAGCGGGUCAAGAGCGUCACCCAAGUCUGCCGCUCCAAGCACUGGUACGCUCCUACCCCAGAAGAUCCCUUCAAAGGCUCGACGCUCAAGUGGAUGCAGCGCAAUGUGCCCGGCUGGACCGCACUCGAGCGCAGUAUCUUCACCGGCCUGCUCGACGUCAGCUUCAUCCAGGCGUGGAACAAGGAGGGCCAAGGCGCCCGCGAUCGUUUCGCCAAGAAUUCGAAACUCUACAUCCAGACGGUCGCACCGGAGCGAUACCACCACCUGCUCAUCCCAGAUGAGAAGGAGCUCAAGGUCGCCUGCAAGCGCCGUGUGUUCGAUAAUGCCUACGUCCCUUGUCUCAACCGGGACAAUGUCGAGCUGGUGACCGAUCCGGCGGUCAAGAUCACCGAGAACGCCGUUGUCCUCAAGUCAGGCCGCAAGCUGCCGGCGGACGUGAUCAUCCUCGCCUCGGGCUUCAAGACGGGCGACACGGCGGUGCAGAUGAAGGUGCGCGGACGCGGUGGUAAGGAUCUCAGCCAGAUCUGGGCCAAGGGAGGCGCUGAGCAGGCCUACCGUUCCGCCCUGGUUCACGAUUUCCCUAACUUUGCCCUCAUCUGGGGCCCCAACGCUACCACAGGACAUUUCAGUGCCAUCUUUGCCAUCGAAAGCGCCGUUCGUCUCGCAUGUACGCUUUUCAAGCCCAUCUUCUUGCCAGGUCCACGCUCGGUCUCGCCACUGGAGCGGUCCGCCGGCCGCACGGUCGACGUCACUGCCGACGCGCAGAACAAGGAGGACGCCAUGAUCCGCCACCAGAUGGACGACCUCAUUUACACUUCCGGUUGCAAGGGCUGGUACACCAACGCAAACGGGCGCGUCUCGACCCUCUAUCCUGGUUUCCAGCUGACCUUUGCGUGGCGUAGCGACAACCCCAUCGCCGCCGACCUCGAGUACAAAGGUCUACCCGAUGGGGUUCGACCCAGCUCAACCUGGUCCUACUGGCAGCAGCUCUCGUCGACGCUUCGGCUCGGCGAUGUGCCCGAGUACCGGCAGGACAAGCUCCGACAGCGCUCCGUGGCUUCCAAGGUCGUUGUGCAGCCGCUUGCGGCGCUUGUGUAUUUCCUCUGGGUUCGCUUCUUGAUCGGAUUCGCCCGCUUCGGAGACAGCGUGCUGCUCUACACGCGUGGCGCAAAGGAGUUCGAACAGGUCAAGCAGGACUACCUCACUUCUUAG